AUGAAUCCUCAAGAUGCUUUUGCCUACUAUGGCCUUGCUAUGGAUCUGCAAAAGUUUGGGGUGAACAUCUACCUAAUACAAAUCAUCUUUGGAGCAGUUGACAUCCCUGCUAAAGUGGUCAUAACAAUGUCGAUGAGCUUCAUUGGACGCCGGCCAUCACAAUCUGGUGCUCUCAUCAUCGCUGGAGUCACUGUUUUGAUCAACCUCCUGGUGCCUCAUGACAAAAAGACCAUACGCACCUGUCUGGCUGUAGUGGGUAAAGGUUGUCUCGCUGCGUCCUUCAACUGCUUACUUUACUCUGGAGAACUGUACCCAACCAUCAUUCGUCAGAAUGAUGGAUGGGUGUCCAUGAUGGCCCGUGCAGGAGCCAUGGUGGCCCCUAUGGUGCUCCUCCUGGGGGACACCAUUACUUGGCUUCCAGGUUUAAUCUAUGGAGGAGCUCCAAUCCUGUCCGGGGUGGCUGCAAUAUUUCUCCCAGAAACACUUGGCUCACCCCUUCCUGACACAAUACAAGAUGUGGAGGAGAGGGAAUCUGGGAGAAACUCCAAAUCACCAAAGGAAGUGAUAAUCUUGCAAGACACCCAGGCAAAUCUCCUAAAGCAGGCUGCCUGAGGGCAUUUGUAUUAUGCACCUGAUGUUUUCUCUGACAUGUUGAUGAAAGUAGAAUGGGUACUGCUGUUUUUUCCCCUGUGGCCUGUUUAUUUUGAUUUCUAUAGUUUAUUUUAUGACUGCUGGACAAAUGGUGUUGCAAUAUUAUUUUUGCACAGGUCAAUACAAUGUAGUGAAUGCUGCAGACAAUCAGAUGUAAGUUUAUUUGAGCAUAGCAUAAAGUCUCACUUUGUACCAAUGAUGUUUCAUAUUUUAAAUAUCUGUGUAGGAUAAUUUCUAUAUUUAAGCCUUUGACAGGUUGACGAAAAUGCUUUCACUAGCUUUUUAUAUCUUUGUAUUCCUUUAUUUGUAAACAAAAGAUGUACUGUCAAUAAAAUCACUACCUAUUUCUAUUCCUA